UGGCAGUUGCCAUGGAAUCUGUACCCAAAAUGUUGGCUCCCAUUUGCCUGGUGGAAAACAACAAAGAGAAGCUGUCGGUGAACCAGCAAGCUAUACAGAUUCUUGACCAGAUUUCUCAGCCAGUGGUGGUGGUGGCCAUUGUUGGACUGUACCGUACAGGCAAAUCCUACUUGAUGAACCAACUGGCAGGACAGAAUCAUGGCUUCCCUCUGGGCUCCACGGUGCAGUCUGAAACCAAGGGCAUCUGGAUGUGGUGUGUGCCCCACCCCUUCAAGCCAAACCAUACCCUGGUUCUUCUGGACACCGAGGGUCUGGGCGAUGUGGAAAAGGGUGACCCUAAGAAUGACUCCUGGAUCUUUGCCCUGGCCGUGCUCCUGUGCAGCUGCUUUGUCUACAACAGCAUGAGCACUAUCAACCACCAGGCCCUGGAGCAGCUGCAUUAUGUGACGGAGCUCACAGAACUAAUUAAGGCAAAGUCCUCCCCAAGGCCUGAUGGAGUAGAAGAUUCUACCGAGUUUGUGAGUUUCUUUCCAGAUUUUAUUUGGACUGUACGAGAUUUCACUCUGGAGCUGAAGUUGAACGGUCAUCCUAUCACAGAAGAUGAGUACCUGGAGAAUGCCUUGAAGCUGACUCAAGGCAAGAAUCCCAAAAUUCAAACAUCCAAUUUGCCCAGGGAAUGCAUCAGGCAUUUCUUUCCAAAACGGAAAUGUUUUGUCUUUGACCGGCCAACAAAUGAUAAAGACCUUCUAGCCAAUAUCGAGAAGGUGUCAGAAAAGCAACUGGAUCCCAAAUUCCAGGAACAAACAAAUAUUUUCUCUUCUUACAUCUUCACGCAUGCAAGGACCAAGACCCUCAGAGAGGGAAUCAUGGUGACUGGGAAUCGUCUGGGAACUCUGGCAGUGACUUAUGUAGAUGCCAUCAACAGUGGAACGGUACCUUGUCUGGAGAAUGCAGUGACAACUCUGGCCCAGCAGGAGAACUCAGCAGCCGUGCAGAGGGCAGCCGACCACUAUAGCCAGCAGAUGGCCCAGCGGGUGAGGUUCCCCACAGACACACUCCAGGAGCUGCUGGAUGUGCACACGGCCUGUGAGAGGGAAGCCAUUGCCAUCUUCAUGGAGCACUCCUUCAAGGAUGAAAACCAGGAAUUCCAGAAGAAGCUCGUGGAAAUCACAAUGAAUAAGAAGGGGGAUUUCUUGCUGCAGAAUGAAGAGUCAUCUGUUCAAUACUGCCAGGCCAAACUCAAUGAGCUCUCAAAGGCCCUAAUGGAAAGUAUUUCAGCAGGAAGUUUCUCUGUUCCUGGAGGGUACAAGCUCUACAUGGAAACAAAGGAAAGGGUUGAACAGGACUAUUGGCAAGUGCCCAGGAAAGGAGUAAAGGCAAAAGAGGUCUUCCAGAGAUUCCUGGAGUCACAGGUGGUGAUAGAGAAAUCCAUCUUACAGUCAGAUAAAGCCCUCACUAAUAAAGAGAAGGCAGUAGCAGUGGAUCGGGCCAAGAAGGAGGCAGCUGAGAAGGAACAGGAGCUUUUAAAACAGAAACUGCAGGAGCAGCAGCAACAGAUGGAGGCUCAAGAGAAGAGUCUCAAGGAAAACAUAGCCCAGCUGAAAGAGAAGCUGCAGAUGGAAAGAGAACACAUACUGAGAGAGCAGAAUAUGAUGCUGGAGCACAAGCUGAAGGUCCAAAAAGACUUGCUUGAUGAAGGAUUUAGGAAGAAAUCUGAGGAGAUGAAUGCAGAGAUAAGUCAAUUGAAACAUGUGAUCGAUACUACAAAAAAUGAUGAUACUCCCUGGAUUGCACGAACCCUGGACAAACUUGGGGAUGAGCUAACUUCAAUAUUGUCUGCUCCUGCUAAAUUAAUUGGUCAGGUUGUCAAAGGUGUGAGCUCAUUAUUUAAAAAGCAUAAGCUCCUCUUUUAAGGACAUUAUAAAGUUUCUCACCCUGCCUUUCAGAUCUGUU